AUGUCCAGCGAAAGGCGAAUCAAAUCACUGAAAACGAGACAAAAGAGCCUCUUAUCAUCAUUCAACCUCAUCGCAACGUUCGUCGACAACUACGAUGAUGAAACCGAUGCUGUUGAGGUAUCUGUCCGUUUGGAGCAUCUUGUCACGAUCUGGAAUGACUUCAACACCGUACAAAGCGAUUUGGAAACGCUGGACGAGGCCGGCACCGAAAUUCAUCUGAAAACCCGCAUUGAAUUCGAAACUGUUUACUUCCGUGUAAAAGGAUUUCUGCUGUCGCUGCAUAAAGCUCCAUCAACUCCGGUUAACCCUGCGUCUCCAGCCAACCAUUCAAACCAGCAUUUCCCUACGGCAUCACACAUCCGUCUACCGGACAUCAAGCUGCCUGUCUUUUCGGGGAACAUCGAUCAUUGGCUCAAUUUCCACGAUCUGUUCGUCUCACUAGUUCAUUCGUCGCACGAACUCUCUAGUGUGCAGAAAUUUUAUUACCUUCGUUCGUCUUUGGCUGGGGAAGCAUUAAAACUAGUGCAGACAAUAGCAAUCAGCGCCAACAACUAUCUCGUAGCCUGGAAUUUGUUGUUGGAGCAUUACCAGAACACCAUAAGACUAAAGCAGUCGUACAUUGACUCGCUUUUUGAGUUUCCCACACUCAAGCGGGAAUCCGCUUCCGAGUUGCAUUCGCUGGUAGAGAAGUUCGAAGCUAAUGUGAAAAUUCUCAAACAACUCGGAGAGAAAACCGAAUACUGGGACAUCAUUCUCAUCAGAAUCUUGAGCAUUCGCCUUGAUCCCACAACAAGGAGAGACUGGGAGGACUGCGCUUCAACGAAGGAUGCCAUAAAAUUCAGCGAUCUAACAUCUUUCAUUCAACGUCGUGUCUCAGUACUUCAAUCGAUUGGACGAACCAGCGAUGUUUCCCAACCUCAACCUGUGAAAAGGCCACUUACGCGCCCUGUUUCUAGCCACGGAGCAAACACCAUGAACUCGAGAGAGUGUAUCCUGUGUUCGAAUCACCAUCCUCUAUAUUUGUGCGGAGUCUUCUCCAAACUAAGUAUCAACGACAAAGACAAAGAAGUCCGUCGUCAUCAGCUGUGCCGGAACUGUCUCCGCAAAGGCCACCGAGCAGAUGAUUGUCCCUCUUCCAGCACGUGUCGCAAGUGCCAUGGUCACCACCACACUCAGCUCUGCUCCAAUUCUUCGUCCACAUUUCCUAGCGCCAAUGUUCCAGAAUCAACACAACCAUUGAAAAUUCGAGCACAAUCAACGGAUAAUAAACCGCCGAUGUCAAUGUCAGCAGCCAUCGUUGAAACGUCUGUCAACGCUUCAUCAGGUCGUGGAGUGAAAAGCGUUGUUCUGGCAACAGCGAUUGUAUUGGUGGUUGACGACAAUGGUAUUGGACACCAUGCCAGAGCACUUUUGGAUUCCGGCAGUGAGUGCUGCUUUGCAACAGAGUCAUUCAUACGGCGGCUCAAAAUCCAACGUCAGAAAAUUAAUCUCCCGAUCGCUGGAAUAGGACAACGUUCGACACAUGCUCGCUUCAAAAUUGUUUCUACGGUGCGUUCUCUAGUAACCGAAUACUCUGCUCCGGUUGACUUCGUUAUCCUACCACGAGUGACUGUCGAUCUACCGUCUAAUUCAUUUGACGUUUCAUCUUGGAAAAUUCCUACCGGGAUCCAACUCGCGGACCCAUUGUUUCACCAAACUGCUCCCAUCGACAUCAUAUUAGGUGCCGAACUAUUCUUUGACCUGUUCAAAGCUUCUGGCAGAAUUCAGCUUGAUUCCAAUGGUCCACUGUUCGUGAACUCCGUCUUUGGCUGGAUCGUUUCCGGAAGAAAAUCGACUGGCCAAUCAUCAGCUCCAGCAUCAGUUAAUAUUGCCACCGUCGUAGAUCUUCAUCAGCAAAUGGAAAAAUUCUGGACUGUCGAGGAAGAUAGCGGCUCUGCAAACUACUCGGUGGAAGAAGCAGCAUGUGAAGAGCACUUUCAACGCAACGUAUGUAGAAAUUCAGUAGGACGCUAUAUAGUUCGUCUACCAGUCAGAAACGACAUUCUCUCCAAGCUGGAAGACAAUCGUCGUACUGCUAUUCGCCGUUUUCGUCUUCUGGAAAACCGUCUGUGGCAUAAUGAAAAUCUCCGGAAACAAUACUGCGACUUUCUGGAAGAAUACCGUGCCCUCGGACAUAUGCAUCGAGUGUACGACCAUGAGACAGCACCAUCUCCGUCCUAUCAUCUUCCUCACCACUGCGUUGUACGUGAUGACAGCUCUACAACAAAGUUACGCGUAGUCUUCGACGCGUCUUGUAAAACACCGUCCGGUCCCUCCCUAAACGACGCACUCAUGGUGGGUGCAGUCACCCAAGAGGACAUCAGGUCAAUCAUCAUACGAUCCCGGAUCCGACCUAUAAUGAUAAUCGCUGACAUCAAACAGAUGUACCGACAGAUACUGGUGGACGAAAAGGAUAUUCCGCUUCAGAGAAUUGUGUGGCGAUUCUCCCCGGACGAUCCUCUCGAGACCUACGAAUUGAGGACGGUUACCUAUGGGACGGCUAGUGCUCCAUUUCUAGCGACACGUGUCCUUCAACAAUUGGCCGAAGACGAGCGGUACGAGUAUCCACAAGCUGCGACGGUCCUGAAAAGGGAUUUCUAUGUGGACGACUUGUUCUCAGGCGCGGAUUCCGUGCAAGAAGCCAUCGCACUUCGGCAGCAGCUUGAGUCCCUUCUCAACAAGGGAGGAUUCCAACUCCGUAAAUGGGCUUCGAAUGAGCCAGCCGUAUUAGAGGAAGUUUCGUUGGACAACCGAGCUCUUCAGGCAUCUGUGGACUUCGAUCGAGAUGCAUGCAUCAAAACCCUAGGCUUACAUUGGGAACCAUCGACGGACAACCUGCGCUACAAGAUCGAACUGCCAAAUGUUUGCGAGGAGAGGCUUACCAAACGCAUAGCUCUCUCCCAGAUUGCCCGUCUAUUCGACCCUCUCGGCCUAGUGGGGCCGAUCGUUACCACCGCUAAGUUAUUCAUGCAGGCCUUAUGGACGCUUAAGGACAGUGACGACAAUGUUCUAGGCUGGGACCAAGAGCUCCCCCCACCGAUGAUCGAACAUUGGGCAUCGUAUCUCUCGCAACUCCCGCUACUAAACGAGCUUCGUAUUCCUCGUUACGUUUUAUGUCGUAAUCCAACAACGGUACAACUUCACAUCUUCUCCGACGCAUCGGAGCGCGCUUAUGGAACUUGCGCUUACCUCCGCUCGACGAACUCCGACGGAACCAUAAACGUAGCGCUUCUUACAGCCAAAUCGAAGGUAGCGCCAUUAAAGAAGCAAAGCAUACCACGACUCGAACUCUGCGGGGCACUGCUUGCGUCACAAUUGUACGAGAAAAUUACUGCGUCUCUUCAACUGUCAGCCGAAACAUUCUUUUGGGUCGAUUCGACGGUGGUACUCAGCUGGUUGAAUUCCACCCCAUCAACAUGGACAACUUUCGUGGCGAACCGUGUUUCAAAAAUUCAACUCGCCACGGUUGGAUGUCAUUUUCAUCAUGUGGCAGGACAACAGAACCCUGCAGACUGCAUCUCGCGUGGGACAACAGCAGAGCUGCUAUUCCUGAAUGAACUUUGGUGGAGCGGACCCUUUUGGUUGCAACAACAUUCCAGCAGUUGGCCAAUCCAGCAGCACAACGAACUGGAACCUUCGGAUGCCCAACUAGAAAUCAGAAAAACACCAGUUGCCUCAGUUCCCGCCAUAGCCGAACCCACGUUCCUGGACUUAUUCGUGGAGAAAUUUUCCAGCUACGAUCGCAUGCUGCGUGUACUCGCUUAUUGUCAACGAUUUCGUCACAACUGUCUCGCCAGGCCACGUCCAAAAAGGUCUAGUCUCAGCUCUGAUGAAGUCUCCAAGGCCGAGAAAACGCUGAUCUCAUUAGUUCAACAACAAUGCUUCAACAGCGACUGGACUAAGCUUCAGCAGGGAAAACCCAUUUCCGCCAAAUCACCUCUACGAUGGUUUCAUCCUUUCCUAGCACCAGAUGGCCUGAUACAUAUUGGGGGCAGAUUGGAAAGAUCGCAACAGCCUUUCGAAGUCAAACAUCCAAUUCUUCUACCGUCGUCACAUCGCUUUUCCCUACUGUUGGUUCGAGGUUAUCACCACAAACAUCUUCACGCAGCUACACAACUAUUGCUCACCAUUAUUCGUCUCCGUUUCUGGAUCACAGGGGCCAGAAAGCUUGCGAAAGCUGUGGUUCACAACUGCACGACUUGCUAUAGAGUUCGUCCAAAACACGUGGAGCAAUUUAUGUCCGAGCUUCCUGCAUCACGGGUCACCGCGGCGCGGCCAUUUUCCGUCUCAGGAGUGGACUACUGGGGUCCAAUUCUACUUAAGCCAGUCAGUCGAAAGGCAGCUCCACGAAAGGCUUACGUAGCUGUUUUUAUUUGCUUCAGCACAAAAGCAGUACAUCUGGAGCUCGUUCCUGAUUUGAGCACAUCAAAAUUUAUCCAGGCACUGCGCAGGUUCGUCUCACAACGAGGAAUCUGCUCCGAAAUCCACAGCGACAACGGGAGAAAUUUUGUGGGCGCAGCAAACGAGCUUCGUCGUCUAUUCCGCAACGAGCAUCACCAGCAGGCAGUUGAACAAGAAUGCAUGAAGAAUGGAAUACGCUGGUGCUUCAAUCCUCCUAAGGCUUCUAACUUCGGGGGCUUGUGGGAGGCUGCUAUCGCGUCAGCACAGAAGCAUUUCUACCGUGUUCUCGGACCCAACAAACUAGCUGACGACGACAUGCAAACUCUACUCAAGCAGAUCGAGUGUUGCCUGAACUCUAGGCCACUCGUUCCUCUCAGCGACGACCACACCGAUUUCCAACCACUCACUCCCGGACACUUUUUGAUUGGUUCUGCGAUGAAAGCAAUUCCGGACAUGGACCUCACGAAAAUUCCCUCCAAUCGACUUCGACACUGGGAGCACACGCAGAAACUUUUCCAACAUCUGUGGCAGCGAUGGCACAACGAAUAUCUUUCGACGCUUCAACCACGAUCGAAGUGGUGCAAUCCACCUGUAGUCAUCGAGAAAGGUCGCCUGGUGGUUAUAAAGGACGAGAACACUCCUCCUGUGCACUGGCCGACAGGACGAAUCAUCGAACUGCACCCCGGAGCAGACGGGAUCACUCGAGUGGUAACUCUUCAAACACCCAGCGGAAAAUUUGUGCGGCCCGUAUCGAAGAUAUGCUUGCUACCCAUCGCGACAACACAACCAGCAACACCAUCAGAAGAACCAACGAAGAUAGCAGAAUUAUAA